UACUUAUAUAUUAAACGGCAAUCGACCUCUCACUAGUGCGGGCGCGUGAGGGACCAUUUACCUUUUAUUUACCUUCGAAUUAACCUAAACUUGAAUGAAACUUAAGUAGAAAUAAAGUUGGAUUGACACAAAAUAUAACUGUGACCGUGAAUAUCGGGAAAUACUGUGCUUGUGUAAAUAAGUAACUUGUAUUCGCAAAAACAUACAUUUACUUUUAGCGGACUUCGUUGUGGGUUUUUUCUAUAUUUAGUAUGAAAACAGUGACUUUUCUUUGAUUGUACGAAGAUGGCUUGCGUGAAAUUUAAAUUAUUUUAAUUGCUAUAACGCGUGUUCUAUAGUAGGUACCUAGUGGGCAUAAUUUUUUGUCAAGAAAUAUUUAGUACAAAUAGGAAGGAAAUCAGAAAGAAGCUCUAAAGACUUUAUAAUAAGAUUGUGUAGUAAUAAAAUUGCGUGGACAAUUCUCGUAUAAUGGAUCUCAAAGUGAACUAAACAUAAAAACAUUCUAGAAAGUGUGAAAUGUGAUUGGUGACAAAGCAAAAAUACCAUUAGCGGUGACAAUGUAGAAGUUGUGAGCAAAAAAUAGGCAGAUCACGAUGCCUUUCUUAGAUAUUGCUUUCGAGGCCGAGGUCAGUCGGUACGAAGACCCAGAUUUUGAAGAGGUGGCACAGUAUAACUGUAACGAAGACCCGAAGACCAGGCCCAAAGCUAUCGAGGAACUUAGGAAUAUAAUCUAUGAGCGAGGUGAAUGCAAUCCGCGGAGGACUGACGACGCGUAUCUUCUAAGAUUUCUGCGAUGUAGGAAGUUUAUACCGGCGCUUGCUCAUAAAUUAAUGAUCCGCUAUGAAGACCUGAGGAAGAAGUAUCCACAUUUGUACGAUUGCAAUCCCUUCUGUCUGGAUAGGGUGAAAGACGUGUACGGGGGAACCUUGCCUGACAGCCCCACUAAUGGAAGGAUUACGAUAAUGAGAUUUGGUCGAUGGGACACAAGCGCCGUUCCUAUAGAAGACGUGGUACGAUGCGCAUUACUGAUGGACGAAAUAGCAGCCAUGCAGCCCAAGUUGCAAGUGUUAGGAGUCACAAUUAUCGUGGACUUGGAGGGCUUAAGUGUGAGUCACGUGAGGCAGCUCACUCCGGCAAUCGCCCAUCAAAUCGUCAGCCUUAUGGGGGUAUCAUUCCCACUUUUGAACCACGGUCUACACGUAAUCAGAUACAGCUGGAUACUCAACACAUUCUUCUACGUGUUCAAGCAGUUCAUACCAGCGGCUGCGUGGAACCGCAUGCAUUUCCACGGCUACGACAUGACAUCUCUCCACAAGCACAUUGACCCCGAGUACUUACCCCCAGAGUACGGGGGCAGAAGUCGACAAACCAUCACUUUCGAGGAAUGGGUCAGAGGAGUGAAUAGAUAUAAAGAUGACUUUAUGGUGUCAGAAUUAAGAGAGCUUGGGUAUACUGUGACUAAGUAAUUUUGAUAGUGAUUCAGCUAGAUCUAGAUUGGCAUAGUGAUUAUUACUCAACCGUCCUAUAAAACAGUGAUUUUAAUUUAGUAACUAUACUGUUAAGAUAAUAUUUAGAAAGGGUACCUACCUAUUACCGAUAUGUUUUGAACAGAAGCAGUUUGCGAAAGUUAAUUAUGAUUACUUACAAGUAGAAAUUGAAAUUGUGUUGUACCAAUAAAAUGGACCUGACUCAGCUAAUAUUGUUGUGAGUACGGUGUUAUUCAGUCAGACCCUAAUGAGGGAAGAACAGAACAGGACCUAAAUAAAUUUAUACUAUCUAUGCUUAAUAUUAUAAAUGCGAUAGUAAGUCUGUCUGUCUGUUACCUUUUCACACUUAAACGGCUGAAGCGAUCAAGAUGUAUUUUGGUAAAUGGGACCUUGGAGCAAAACAUAGGGUAAUUUCUGACCCUAAAAUAAAAACAGAAGGGGUUGAAAUAGAAGUUAAAAAUUUGUAUGGAAAAUCCCUCAUUUUUAGAGUUUUAAGAUUUGUUCAUAAAUCAUAAAAAAAUACGAAAUAUAAUGUGAUUUAAGGGUUUUUUAAAAUUCAACCCCUAAAGUGGUGAAAUAGGAUUUUAAAGUUUAAAUUUAUUUCCACGCGGGAAAAGACUCAGGCGUCCGCUAGUUACUAAUAAAAAUACAGUUAAGUAGUGUAAUCUCAAAGGAAAGAAAAAGCAACGUAAAUAAGGACAGCAACAUAUGGUGGUCAUGGUCCUGGGUUCGAUCCCCGGCUCGGCACAUUGAGAUUUUCUUAAUUGGUCCAGGUCUGGCUGGUGAGAGGCUUCGGCCGUGGCUAGUUACCACCCUACCGGCAAAGACGUACCGCCAAGCGAUUUAGCGUUCCGGUACGAUGCCGUGUACAAACCGAAAGGGGUUUUUCUGAGUUCUAAACUGUAAAAAGAAUGCGGUCCUCGGAUUAUGCACACUCACAUCCUCACAGCGCCUGUUCUAAAAGGCAUUUGCUGCAGUAGUGCAGUCUAAAACUAGACUGGUAAAAAAUAUCUGGUGUACUUACUGUAUUUUUUUAUAUUUUAUAACUUUGUAUUUUUUAUUACUUUGUAUUUUUUAUAACUUUAUACUGUGUUUUAAGUUUAACCUACAGGGUUAAAUUAUAAUGACUUUUUGAAUAAGAUAAUAAAGAUUCCAAAUAAAA